CUGUACGAAGUUUUCAUGAGGAAAAAGAAAAUCAAGGAAAAGUUCUUCAAGAAGAACGGUGGGCUUUUAUUACAGCAGCAACUAUAUUCAGGGGAACGCAAUGUUGAGAAAACUACGGAUAAGUUCAAUGAGAAGAGAAUACUCGGUCAAGGUGGCCAAGGCACCGUCUAUAAAGGAAUGUUGGCAGAUGGAAGAAUCGUGGCAAUCAAGAAAUCAAAGGUGGUUGAUGAAGGAAAGGUUGAGCAAUUCAUCAAUGAAGUCGUCAUUCUCUCGCAGAUCAACCACAGAAAUGUGGUUAAGUUGUUGGGGUGUUGUUUGGAAACAGAAGUUCCUGUGCUUGCUUACGAAUUCAUCCCCAAUGGAACCAUUUCCCAAUACAUUCUUCAUCAAAGCGACGAGUUUCCCUUAACAGGGGAUAUGCGGUUGCAAAUUGCUGUUGAAGUUGCAGGUGCCCUUUGUUACUUGCAUUCUGCAGCUUCAAUUCCCAUUUAUCACCGAGAUAUAAAGUCUACAAACAUUCUUCUAGACGAGAAGUACAGGGCAAAGAUAGCCGAUUUCGGGACUUCAAGAUCAGUGGCCAUUGACCAAACUCACCUGACGACACUAGUACGUGGCACUUUUGGUUAUUUAGAUCCUGAGUACUUCCGAUCUAGCCAGUUCACCGAGAAGAGUGAUGUUUAUAGCUUCGGAGUAGUUCUUGCAGAAUUGUUAACUGGUCAAAAGCCAAUCUGCUCGACUAGAUCAGAAGAGGAUAGGGGUCUAGUUGCAUUCUUCAUUGCUGCGAUGAAUGAGAACAGACUUUUCGACACCAUUGAUCCACAGGUCAUUGAUGAAGCUAAGAAAGAAGAGAUUACUGCAGUUGCUUACCUCAUAAAAAGGUGCUUGAACUUGAGCGGAAGAAGGCGACCCACCAUGAAAGAAGUCACAGUGGAACUGGAGGGAAUAAGAAUGUCAAGAAUGGGGUCCAAUGCUAACUCGUUUCAUGAUGAAAUUGAUUCAGAUGAGACUGACCUCAUCAAUGCCUCAGAGAAGUAUGCUUUUGAUUCAGAGGACUUUGGCCUAGAUACUGGAGUGGCUUCGUGUUCCAAAGUCGAACCAUUUGCAUCUUAUUAG